GCCGUCCAAUUUCCAAAGCAACCCGACGUCUCCGCAAACGCCCAGGCGGCUCUGCUCCGCGCCACCCCUCUGGCGGCCACAGCAGCUGCCCGAUGUCGAGCCUUUGCAAGGUCACGGACGCGCUGUUUAUUAGCAAUUCUCGGUCAGCCUGCACGGAGAGUCUCCUCGCCCGAGAGGGAGUCACGUUCUGCAUCAACGUCUCCAGGCAGCAGCCGUUCCCCAGCUUGCAGCGAGUGCGCACUCUGCGGGUGCCGGUCUUUGACGACCCUUCGGAGGACCUCUAUAAAUAUUUUGAGCGCUGCAACGAGGCCAUCGAGAGCGCGCUCCAAAGCGGCGGGAAGUGCUUGGUGUACUGCAAAAAUGGUCGGAGCCGGUCUGCAGCCGUUUGCACGGCUUACCUGAUGAAGCACCACAAGCUUAGCCUGAAGGAUGCCUUUGAGACUGUGAAGACUGCCAGGCCCGUGGCAGAGCCCAAUGCAGGAUUUUGGUCUCAGUUAGAAAAAUAUGAAGAACAUUUACAUAUGCAGGAUCAGGUGGCUCCUUCUUUAAAAGGAACUUUGUAAUAAAUAUAAUUUUAAUGCAUAUGGGAACAUUCUUUAAAAUAGUAUGUGCUUUAAAAGAUCCUGGAAAAGGCUGGAAAAACCACCAGAAGGCCGUAUAAUUUACCUCACCCAGGAAAUGUUCUUCUGGCAGGUUAGCCUGGUGUUGAAAAGUGUUUGUUUUUAGCAGGGAAAUAUGAAGUUACAAGGCAAAUGUUUCAGGUAUGAAAUGAAACAUAAUAACGUUGUUUUCCUUGAACAAACCGAAAAUGGUCUGUGGAUAGCUAGUCUUCCAUCUUUGCAGGCAGAUGUGACGGGGCUUUAAUAAAUUGUGGGAUAGAAGGCUGAAAUUUUUUAAAUGCAUGUUCUAAUGAAAUACUGCUAUGUAUUUUAUUUCAAUAACAACACUAUACAUUAUGAGCAUGUUACAAACAUAGAGAUAUUAAAAUGAUAAUCAGUCUA